AUGGCCGGUGAAUCUUCCUCUGCUUGGUCAACGGCCAACAACUCGAUGGAGUCGACACCAGGAGCAGACGACUCCAACGAUGCUGAGCUACUCGCCAGCGCUCGAGCUCUUGAUCAGGGCGACGAAGCACCCGAAAACGGUAACGAGGAGCAAUCGAACGGUGGUGACAAGAACGGCGGCUCGAGCGCAGCUGGACCCUCAACGUCAAACGGCAGAGGACGACCAAAGAUGACAGAUGAGCAGAAGUUGGAGGCUCAACGUCGCAAGCAGCAGCAGAAGGAAGAGGAAGAAGACUCGGAGGAGCACCAGAAGCGUGCGCAGAAGCUCAAGUUUCUGCUCCAGCGCUCAGGCGUCUACUCCAAGAUCAUGUCGGACAAGAUGGAGCGCGAGCGCAAGUCGAGGGCUGAAGCAGCUGCCAAGAAGGCAGCCAAGGAAGAGGGAGGAACAGAGGGUAGCGGCAGUGCUGCGAAGAGCGCCCCUGUAGGCAGGACCACCCGAGCUGGUGAGGCAGAGGACAAACCGCAGGCGAAUGGACAUGAUGAUGGCGCGCCUCAGAAGAAGUCUGUGGUCAACAAGAGAAAGCCAAAGGAGGGCGAUAUUGAGAUCUCAGACUAUCUCACGAAGGACGACCUUCAAAGCAAGAAGCAGAAGAGCAAUAGGGGCACGCCUGUGCCAGCCUCGCAGCAGCAACCGCACCGCUCACGCCAGCCAGCUCUGGUCACAGGCGCCGAGAUGCGAGACUACCAGCUCGAUGGUUUUGAAUGGCUCGUGAGCCUCUACGAGAAUGGUCUUAACGGCAUUCUUGCCGACGAGAUGGGGCUGGGUAAGACGCUCCAGACGAUUGCCUUCUUGGCUCACCUUCGCAGCAAGGGCGUGUGGGGUCCCUUUCUCAUCGUCGCUCCACUCUCUACGAUUGCCAAUUGGGUCAACGAGUUCGAACGAUUCACGCCAGGGAUCCCCGCUCUCAUGUACCACGCUCAAGACAAGAAGGCGCGCGCUAGUCUCCGUCGCCACCUUCACUAUCCCUCGACGAGCGAAGAAAAGAAGGCCUUCCCCGUCGUCGUCACCAGCUUCGAGGUCGCAAUGAUGGAUCGCGUCCACCUCUCCCACCUCAAGUGGAAAUACAUCGUUGUCGAUGAGGGGCACCGCCUCAAGAACAUGAACUGCAAGCUCAUACAAGAGCUCAAGCGCUUCAGCAGUGCGCAGCGUCUGAUCCUCACGGGAACGCCACUCCAUAACAACCUCAAGGAGCUCUGGUCACUGCUCAACUUCAUCUUGCCCGAUAUCUUCGAUGACCUCGAGACGUUCGAAAAAUGGUUCGAUUUCUCCGAUAUUCACAACGAGGGCGGUUCGAAUCGUCUUCUGUCAAAGGAGGACAGCAAGUCCGUCAUCACACAACUUCAUGCCAUCCUCAAGCCCUUUCUCUUGCGUCGCAUCAAGACGGACGUCGAGACGACGCUGCCUCCGAAGAAAGAGUAUCUCCUAUACGCCCCGCUCUCACCGCUGCAAAAGGAGCUCUAUGAUCGCUGCGUCCACGGCAAUGUGCGCCGUUGGCUUCUCGAGCGCAAGACUGGCCUUAAGUGGGAGGAGAUCAAGAAAAUCCUUGGCAAUGAGCCAGAGAGCGAGGGAGAGGACGAGAAUGAUGAGGCGGAGGGGUCGUCGUCUGCAUCCUGGACAGAGUCAAAGGCGAAGACCAAUGGCAAGUCAUCGGCGGCAGCAGCGUCAUCGUCUAGCGGGCCGACUAGCUCUGCCAUGUCGCGCCGUCGCAAAGGUCGCACCAGCAAAAUCAAUUACGCCGAGGAGGACGAAGACGUCUUUGCCAAGCGCAUCGAGCGAGGCGAGGACGUCGGCCGUGACCCCACUCCCGAGCCCCCCUCAUUCAAGGAGCAAGAGCGUCAGGGCAAGCUCUUCUCCAUCCGCCAAGCGCAGCGCGAGAUCAACAAUAUGAAGCUGCAGAACCUCUUCAUGCAGCUCCGAAAGAUCUGCUGCCACCCUUAUCUCUUCGACUGGCCUCGUGAGCCAGAUGGCCAACAGCUGAUUGACAAGUCCCUCGUCACUGCGAGCGGAAAGAUGCUGCUCCUUAAUCGCCUAUUGGAUGCUCUCUUCGCCAAAAAACACAAGGUCCUCAUCUUCUCCCAAUUCACAACCAUCCUCGACAUUAUUCAGGACUGGGCAGAGGAGUACAAGAACUUUAAGACGUGCCGCAUUGACGGUACCACGGCGCAGGAGGUACGUCGAGCGCAGAUGAAAUCAUUCAACGAGGACUCUAGUGAGGAUAGCGUCAAGCUAUUCCUUCUCAGCACUCGCGCCGGUGGACUUGGGAUCAACCUCGUCGCAGCAGACACGGUGAUCUUCUAUGAUAGCGAUUGGAAUCCACAGAUGGACCUUCAGGCGCAGGACCGUGUCCAUCGCAUCGGACAGAAGAAGCCAGUCCUGAUCUUCAGACUUGUGAGCGCGAAUACGGUCGAGUCGCGCCUGCUCAAGCGCGCUGGGGAUAAGCGCAAGCUCGAGGCGAUUGUGAUCAAGAAUGGGGCAUUCAAGCUGCCGGCGGGGGCUGUCUCUGAUGCUCUGAGCGGUGGAUCGAAGAGUGGCGGUGGAUCGGGCAAGAAUGAGAGCAUGGUAGAUAUGGCUCGUUCGCUACUUGCGCUCGAGGGGGAGAAGGUGCAGCUUGCUGGGGAGGACGACGAGGUCAUCUCGCAGAAGACGCUUGACCUGCUUCUGGACCGAUCGGAAGCUGCGUAUGCUAGAGGAAUGGGCUGGUCGGCUCAGGGCGCUUCUGGUAGUGAUCCCGCUUUCGAGGUGACCGAGACGGCGGCGGAUGGAGCGAACGAGGAUUUGGCCAGGCUCAUGGCCGACGCGUGA